AUGAAUACACUAAUUUUCAUUUUUGCUUAUGAAGACACUGAAACUGAAAAAAUACAUUAUUGUCAUGAUAAUAUUUUUAAAAAUAUUAACAUUAAAACUCAAACUACAAGUAAAUCCUUACAACCAAAAUAUCUUAAACAAUAUAAUAUAAAAGUCAUAAAUGAAAUGGUUAAUCCUGUUUAUAGAUUUGGACCAAAAAUGACUGAAACUUUUUUUAACAAAUUUGACAUACAUUAUAUUAAAUUUGUAUUUUUGGAAUUAUUAUAUCUAAUUGAAUAUUAUAAAGAACAAAAUACAAUUAAAAAGUAUAUUGAUUAUAUUAUUAAAUUUAAUGAUAAAUAUAACAUUUCUACUAGUAAAAUUUUACAAAAUGAAAAAGAAUUGUACCAAUUUGAAAAAGAAAAUAAACAAGAAUUAAAAAAUAUUAUUAAUUUAAUUUUUAAAAUUUGA